CGAACUGGUCCGUAGCCUAGCGACCGGCCAACCUCCGCUCCCCCGCGCAUGCGCAGUGCCCUUUCUCCCCCCCGGAAGAAGACAGCAACAGAGGCGCCUCAGAGGCAGCGGCGUCUGCGUCGUCGUCGUCGUUUGUGAGGCAAGCGGCGUCGAAACGGGGAGCGAGGGAGCGAUGAGAUGGCGGCCGAGGUGGAGGCGGAGGGCGAGGUGGAGUGGGUGGUAGACAGCAUCGCCGGCUUCCUCCGGAGCCCCGCCUGGUCCAUCCCCAUCUUCGAGUUCGUGGAGCAGAAGUGCGAAGUUUUUGAUGACGAAGAAGAAAGCAAGUUAUCUUACACUGAGAUUCAUCAGGAAUAUAAAGCUUUGGUUGAAAAGCUGUUAGAAAGUUACCUUAAAGAAGUUGGAAUUAAUGAAGACAAAUUCCAGGAAGCUUGCAUGUCUCCUCUUGCCAAAACCCGUACCUCACAGGCCAUUUUGCAACCAGUACUGGCAGCAGAAGACUUCAGAUUGUUUAAAGAAAUGAUGGUCCAGAAAAAUAUUGAAAUGCAGUUGCAAGCCAUUAGAAUAAUCCAAGAAAGAAAUGGUGUUCUUCCUGACUGUUUGACUGAUGGGUCUGAUGCAUACACUGAAAUUGAAGAAGAAGAAAUGAAAAUACUAAGGGAAGUUCUUAGGAAGUCUAAGGAAGAAUACGACCUAGAGCAAGAAAGGAAAAGAACUAAAGAGUCACAUGAUAAGCUGAGAUCAUCUGAUGGAGCACACAAAUCUCCAGGACAUCUCAGCAAAAGUUCAGGACCUAAAGCAGCUCCUGACCUCACUACAAAACUGUCAUCAGGUACAGACACAAAACAACGAGAUUUACCAGCCCAGGAACUGUCUGCCAAAACAAAGGAAGACAGUGGCAAGAAAGCAGCUGGGAAUGGUUCGGAAUGCAUAGCAAAGCAGGCAGGAGUUGAAGGACGUAAAUUAUCUGAACUUGGAGCACAAGAGCUCAGGGAACGUGAAGAUUACCUAAAGCAGAAACGAGACUCACUGAAGGCUUUAAAGAAGGAGUCAAAAAAUAAUACACCACCACAGAGUGCAGAACAGAAAGAAGAACUGUUAGCUGCUCAAGAGGCGAGAGAUGAUGGAAUGAAGUUUAAAAAUCAUCUGGAUAAGCCGACAGGUCAUUCCACAGUCGAGGGACGAUGACACUGAGUUACAAGAAUGUCCUGACAGAGGUAGGCAACUGGGAAUGACAGAAGAAGAAGAGCAAAGUUUGUUAAGGAAGAGACUCCUUGCAGCAAAACUAAAAGAAGAAGUUAUUAAUAAACGAUAGUUUAAAAGAAGAUGCUUCUAAGAAGUUGAUGAUACUUAGUAUAUAUUUAACCAUGAACUGAAUUCUUUGCUCACAAGCAGUCCUACAUAUUUACUUGAUUUUAUAUGUUACAAAUGUUAUUUUUCUUUUCCUUUUUUUAAAAAAUAGAUUGCAAAGUAAUGAUUUAUUUUUAGAAUGAUUUUCUUCAUAGACGUGAUAGUUUCAUCACCCAGUAUAGUUUAUAAUUUCCAGUAUGUACUGAUGGAUGAUUCUAUGCUACUUUUGUUUGGUAUAAUAUGAAUUUGAGUAUUUGUUUCAGAAAUAAUACAGUGGUGCCUCGGGAUACGAAAUGAUCGGGUUACGAAAUUUCCGGGAUACGAAAAAGUUGGAUUGGCAAAAACUGUUUUGGGUUACGAAAUAUUUU